AUGCCGGAUCCACUAGCAAUGACACCGACACCUGCGGCCUGCCUGGCUGCCGCACCAGCACUUCCUCCCCGACGCAAUUCUCAAGACACGCCUCUGCAGCAAUCUACUGCCCGGCCUGCUAGUCUGAAUAUAUCCACGAGUGAUGCAUCCGACGCCACUAAUCCUGCAGUUGCACAAGAUGACUCGACACCGCCUACCUCUGCCAUGUCCAGCCAGGAAGAAACCCGGGAGGGUUGGUCGCCUACGAAGGGAGAGAACAAACAAAAUGCUGGAGAUUCGAGUGGGAAGCCGACCGUGCAAGGACAACGGUCUGGCUCGACCUCCCAGAGCCCACCGCCGGAAUCUCUUUCAGGCACCAAACGUACAGCGAGUGGCCAGGUCAAGAGAGCCAGUGUGAACGGCAUAGGAGAUGUGAUAACGAAAUCUAUGGAUGCCACGACCCACUCUCGAACGUCGAGUAUGACCUCCAAUGGACCGAAUGCACAUGUGCUCGAGCUCUCCCAGCAGUUGCGCACCAAACUCAAAUACGCCAUGAUCAAAGUCCAGAAUGGCUGGCAGUCCCGGUCUUUGGAUGAGGUCGAGUCUCUGGCGUCUCAGUCACCUAGGUCGACCGUGUCGGGGUUCCACCAACCCAACAACGACCCAUAUACUAUACUCUCCCCGAAGACGGCCAUGAUGUCGCGAAAACAAUAUCAACGUGAGUCCAGUGAAAGCGAUUCCUCCGACAGCAACGUGGCUCUGGAAGCCCGCGGCCUGAUAAUGGCCAAUGCGGCUGGCAGUCCAUCGACUGCGACACGCCACCGCUCUCUCGCACCUCCGGUGGAUAUCAUGCCCGGAUCAGCAUCCACAUCACGCCGUCGACCCACCCCAAAUACGGGGUAUCAUCAUGCCUCUCAAGUGCGGUCGCAUGCCAAAGACACCAGCAGCAGUUUACAUGCUUCACGGCCGCACACCAGCCAAAGGACGCCCAGCCAGAACGCAGCCAUGGAAGCCGAUGCCGUCGAGACACUUCUGUUCAUGGCCAGCCCGAACAACUCGGGAUACAACCCGGCCUCACAUGCGUCUCAGGAAUCCGCUAUUCGAACAACAGCGGCACCUUCAACCUCAACACUGACUUCACCGCUUCGCAGUCAGCUCAGUCAGACAUCCAUCUUGACAUCUCCCAAGAGAGUGGCUUUCUCAGAUGCAGAGGAAUCCUCUUCGACCGAUCACCCCCUCCUCCAUCAGAUGGGGUUCGACAAAUCUGCUCUCAUCGACCGGAUGCUGGACGAGUUGUCUGAUACAAGUGAUGACGAAUUGGAAGAAGCCUUCAGGCUGGCCGAGAAGAGCAAACCUUCAGCCGCGGUGUCGAGUUGA